AUGAAAGAUAUCAUUCGAGAAAUAAGGGCUUUGGCCAAAGACAAUGUUCACAUAAAAAAUAAAGAUGCGCUAAGUCGACUAAUCGACGAUAUGUGCAAAGGGGGCAUGGGGAGGCUGCAAGUGAUCAGCGAUUUCGAUAAGACGAUAACGAAGCAGCACCACGAGGGGGCUCCGCACUUGAGCAGUUUCACCAUGUUCAGCAAUAUGCCUGCAGUUGCAGCCAACGAGCACUAUCAAAACACAGUGCGGGGUUUGAGACAGAAAUAUUAUCCCAUAGAGUUGGAUCCUCACAUACCUAUUGCGGAUAAAAUUAAGCACAUGGAAGAUUGGUGGGGUAUGUCGGAAAAGGCGAUAUGUGGUUUGAAAAUUACCCAACAGGACAUUGAUGAUGUAUGUGUAGUUUCUGAUCCAGUACUAAGGGACGGUUCUGAAGAGUUUUUCAAAGAGUUAAGCGAUCAAAAUGUCCCAGUUCUUGUACUUUCUGCCGGCUGUGGUGAUAUAGUCCAAGCAGUUUUGAAACAUCGCUGCGUCUAUCAUCCCAAUGUAAAAGUGGUAUCCAACUUUUUAAAAUUCAACCCUGAUGGUACGAUAGCUGGAUUCAAAGACAAAAUCAUCCACAUCUUCAAUAAAAACGAAACAGCUUUAGAAAAUACGGAUUUCUAUCAGGAACUGGCCAAAAGAGACAAUGCUAUUAUUUUAGGAGAUUCCCUAGGAGAUGCUAACAUGGCUCAAGGCAUGGAACAUUGCAGGAACGUACUAAAAAUUGGUUUUCUGUACGAACACAUUGAGCAUAAUUUGCAACAGUACAUGGACACUUUUGACGUAGUGCUGGUGGAUGAUCAAACAAUGGAAAUUCCUAGAGCGAUCUUUGAAUAUCUCAGAGAUUUUAAGUGA